UGGUCAGUUGAAAUCCAUUCUCGAUACCAUUUGGAUCGUAGCCCCAAAAAAAAUAAACCAAAUUCCAAAAUAAAUUUUUGUAUAAAACAACAAAAAACAGGGAACAUUUCCAAUUCCGUUCAAAUUUUACUGAGCACUGAACACUGAGCAGUAUGGUGUGGAAUACGCUUUCCUUCUGGGACGGUCAGCCAGUCACCUCGCCGGUUUAUCCCCAGAUGGGGGAUGUGUGGAAUCCCAAUAGCUCCGGCUAUCAUCCUCAGACCCAUGCCCAUACCCAUAACCAUAACCAUUCGCAUCAGAACUACUACCAGCGGAUGGGCAUGGGCGACAUUCGCCAGAUGAGCUGCCCCAUGCCGAACUACUGUCCUCAUCUCCGGGAGCCCGGAUUGGAUGAUGUGGAUGCCUUCUACGCCUACAACGGCAUGGAUGUGAGUCAGGCCUAUGGCGGCGGAUCACGACCUGGUCAGGGUGCAGGAUCUGGAGGGCGGGGCGACUUCUGGUAGUCAUUCGUCCAACAUUCAUUGGCGUAUGCUUCUUAACUUUCUGUGCGUUUGAUCUAUGGAACCAUUAAAAUGUUUUAUUGAUUCGUA